ACAUCCAAAAAAACAGUGAAUGAAAGGCAGACGACCACCAAGGUUUUAGAUCUUUUGGGCAAGAACAUGGCUGCCAUGAAGCAAGAAGAAUUGGACAAAAUGGUUUCAUCUCUGCUCUCUCAUCUGGACGCCACAUCCAAACCCGAGGCUUACAGGCUGAUCGUAACCACCGUCUUCCUACGAGCCCUGCAACACAUUCAUGACAAUGUAUCCAAGCUGUACAUGGCCAGGAAACUUCUUGCAGUGCUGGAAGUAGAUGCAUUGAAGACUUGUCAUAAGAACAUUGAACUAAUCAGGAUGGAGCAGGGGGAGGAUGGAGAAGAGCAAGAUGGCUCCCUCCAGGCAACAGGUGUUCCAUCUACAGGUCUCCCACCCCAGCUACACACUCACCUGUCAGCCCUGCUCACAUUGAAGAGAAAGCACCGUGUAGCUGGCACGGUAUACCUUCAUUCAUCUCAGGUACAAGCCAUGGUAUGGGCACUGGAGAGCAUGGUGCUCUCUCUUGCACCGACGGUGUCGUCCCUAACACCUGAUUCAAAAUGGUGGGUCCCUGGAACAGAGGCAGGUCAUGUCGGAGGUCAGUUUGUGACCUUCAUGCUCCAGCUUGUUGACCUCUUGACCCGAGGGUCGUCUGAGUGUCAUCUGAAGGACAAGACCAGACAAGGAUUCAGGAAUAUCAUACACAGUGUCAUCAAGAAUCUGUUCAAAGAGUCCACCAGUUUCCUCAAGCUGCUCAGCAUUGGAUGGAUCGGUCAUGUGAUACCCUCUCAGCCAAUGGGAUUCAAGCCUUCACCGCUGUUUCAAGUGCGAUGUCUCAACAUGGCUUCCGCUAUCUUUGGCUCCAUGGAGGAAGAUGAACUCCAUUCUCUUCUGGGGAAGGAGAGUUUUGUUCUACCAUGUCUACUGAUGGCGCUGUCCAGUCAGCUGGAGCCAGUAAGAGCUGUGACGAAUGGAUGCCUGAAGACAAUCAGUGAAGGUUACCAUGGAGACAGUGCCGGCCCCUACCAUUGGCUCAUCCACCGACUACUCAAGAAGACAGAAUCUAUUGAGCUAGAUCCUGGAUAUAUCAAACAGGCCCUUGGGAACUCCCUCAUGAAGGCCAACAAGGUCCCAGAUGUCACAUUCCCAAAGCAGAAGAAAACAGAACCUGAUGCGAAAGGAGCUUCAGCCCUACAGGCAAGGCAAUGUUUGGAAUGGAUCCUAGACUAUGUGAAGCAAGAGGGCAUUCCACAUCAUGCGCAGAGAUCACUUCUUCAGCUCAUUGAGCUAGUAGAUUCAGAAAUUGUGCUAUCAUCGCUUCUAGACCUUCUCCAAGACCUCCUAGUCCAGGCCUUCGUCGAGGAGGGCUCCCUCAGUGUCGACCAGACACACAGUUUGCAGUGUAUCCUGAGUCACCUGACCCCUGAGACAGCUCACCUGAUGUCUGAGCAGAAGAGUCUAGACCUCCUGCUGGAGGUGCUGAGUCGGGAGAAGCCAGUCUGCGGAGGUUUGGCUUCCCCAUCAGAGAUGGCUCUCAAACAGAUGACUGGAGCAUUCUUCACAGCCCUUCCAACAGCCGAUGUCCAGCAGUCAGUACUGGCCAGACUGAUUGACCUGCAGGUGGACACACACAAUUCAGCUACAGCUAAUCAUCUAGCUAAGGUCUUCAAGAAGCUUCCACUGACUGCAGCACAGGUUGUGAAAGAGCUUACCCAAAUCACAGCAGGUCAGAAGCCGAAGAGUGUCAAGGAUGCCAGAAGAGUCAGGCAAAAGCAGAAGACGGCCAAUGUGGACGAUCCAUCGCAGGCGGCAACAAGCGAGGGCCGGGUGUGGCAGAGGGUCAUGACUAUCCUGGAGAACCUACAGCAGAGGAAACUAGGGAAGAUGGAAGGCAGGCAUACCAUUGUACCCACGCUCUUCACCAUCCUCAGCCUGUGCCUAGAGCUACCUGCUACUGAUCAGGGAUCUACUGAAUACAUAAAGCAACUCCUUCUCACCACUAUCCUCAACAUCUGCGAUCAUCUGGGCGAUACAGACGCAGAAGAAGCAGGGCCGCUUAUAACAGAAGAGCAGUUCAGCGUUGAGUUGGUGGUGCAGUGUAUUCGUACCUCAGACAAUCCUCAAACACACAACCAUGCUUUGCUUCUACUGGCUACUGCUGCUAAACUCUUCCCUGAGCAUGUGUUGCAUAACAUCAUGGCAAUCUUCACAUUCAUGGGAGCGAGCCUUCUACGGCAGGAUGACAGUCAUAGCUUCCAGAUCAUCCACAAGACAGUGCAGACCGUUAUACCCGCUCUUGUCAAGGCAAGCAAGGACCAGUCUCUCCCAUCCUCCCUAGCAGGCAACCUGGAGGAUGUCGUAACCAUGGUGAUGCAGACCUUUGUGGAUGCCUUCCCUCACAUCCCUGAGCACCGUCGUCUGCCCCUCUUCACCCACCUGGUGCAGUCUGUGGGCGGGAUGGAGUAUCUCUGGAGGGUCAUCCUGCUGCUGAUUGGAGGGUAUGCGACCAAAGGAGCGACGGCCAUGCUUCCCGAAGAGACAGAGACUAAGGGUCCUGGCAGGAACCUUGAGUUCUGGUUGACGCUUUGUCAUCAUUUUGAUCCUGAUGUCCAAGUGAUCAGUCUUACCAAGAUGCUGGGUUACCUAGCAACCCUCAAAGGAAAGAAAGAAGGUGUUGUCAAGACGCCAUCUCGCUAUUCCAGGUCAUCACGUUCAGCGGGAUUGACUCCAGGGUCAAAGGGCACGACACAAGACCUCAUCUUUGAUCAAGAGUCUCAUAGUCCAAGGCAACUGAGACAUUUCAAGUUCACCUCAGUGGGAUUCUUGUCUCAACUCCUUACCAGUGAUCCAUUCAUUGCUCAGCUUGUCAAUCUAUCUGAGGAGAAAUCUGCUUCAAUGCAAGCCCUUUAUCAGAAGCUUCUGGAGCAGACAUUGUGUUACAUCACCCAUGUAGCUCACUGUAUCCAGGACAACGCUGAUCCAAACACGGCCAAGUUCUGGAGGGCUCUCCUGCACAAGGCCUAUGAUGUCCUCGACAAGGUCAACUACUUGCUACCUGCCAAGGUGUUCAUUGGAGUGGUAUCCGGUCUCAUAGGUAACCGUCUCCCUACCGUCAGGAGGAAAGCCAUGGAGUUGCUCAAUAACAAGCUCAUCCAAAACAAGGAUGGCUUUGAAGAGGAAGAGACUACUAUGCUCCUUGGUAUGCUGGAUACCCUGGUGGCCAUAGCCAAAUCAUCCAGGGAGAACCAGGCCGAAGGAGACGAACUCGACAUCAAUCGACAGACCGCCCUCUACAGUCUGAAGUUACUCUGCAAGCUGUUUGGCAGUGAACAUCGUAAGGAGUUCACCAAGGUGAUGGAUGUGGCUCUCGGUGUCGUCAUGGAAACGCAUGGCAAUAACCAGGUAAUAGCAAGUGGCUUGCUCUGCCUAGCUGAAGCAGUGAGUAGUCUGAAGGCCCAUGCUAUCCCGUACCUGAGUCGAUUCAUGCCACCUCUACUGGAUACCUUGGCAAGCAAGACCCAUGUCACAAGUUCUGACCUUCAUCUCUUGAGCACAGUGACGGCCAUUCAGAAGAUCUUGGAGACACUCCCUCACUUCCUCAGCCCGUACCUUGGUCAACUGCUCCAACAGGUGUGUCGUCUGUCUGGUUAUCGUCAGGAUGAAGAGAAGUCUCAGCUGACGCUACGUCUCAAGGCAUGUCGUCACCAGCUCUCCUCAGCGCUGCCCCCUAGGGUUCUCAUUCCUGCAGUCAGCGAAUGCUACAAGACCAACGUGUCAACUAGCAAGACCAGCAUCGGUCCUCUGAUGUCCAUCUUAAGUGACCAUCUUGACCAGCUACCCAAGGAGGAUCUCUUGAGCCACCAUCAUGCUAUGGUCAGUCUCUUCCUACAAGCACUGGACUAUCGGUCAAGCCACACAGAGAGUUCUCUGGACGAGGUAUCAGCCAUUGAAGGUCAUGUGAUUGAUGCUGUCAAUACCAUGGUGAUGAAACUCUCAGAGGCUACAUUCAGACCUAUGUUUCUCAAGGUAUACGAGUGGGCUACGCGAGGCAGCAACCCUGACAGACAGCUGACCUUCUACCGUCUGUCCGAUGGCAUAGCUGAGAAGCUUAAGAGUCUCUUCUGUCUCUUCGCAGGUCACCUUGUAGCUAACAUUGCAGGGAUCCUGGAUGCAAACAACGUCAUUAAAACAGACAAGCCAUUCUUUGAGGAGGACCCCCAGAGUAAAGAGAAGUCGGCCAGUCUGCUGGGGUACGCUCUAGAUUGUCUACACAAGUGCUUUCAUUAUGACAAGGGAGACUUUGUGAGCAAGGAGAGAUUUGAGAAGCUUAUGCAGCCUCUUGUUGAUCAGAUUGAGAAUACACAAGGAGGAGAUGAAAUAUACGAGGCCCGCAUAACAAGUCACCUGACACCUUGCAUCGUUCAGUUCAUGGUUGCUGCUAAAGACCCCUCGACCUGGCAACCACUCAACUACCAAAUCCUUCUCAAGACGAGGAACUCCUCCCCAAAGGUUCGCUAUGCUGCCCUCACAGUCCUGCAGGCCGUUCAUUCUCAGCUGGGUGAAGACUACCUAUCCCUGCUUCCUGAAACUAUUCCAUUCUUAGCUGAACUCAUGGAGGAUGAGUCUGAGGAAGUAGAACAGCAUUGUCAGGAUGUGGUCUCUGAGCUUGAGAAGAUUGGAGAACCGCUUCAAAAAUACUUCUAGGAUCUCAUCCCACGCCUUCGGUCCUACUCUAAACCCGAAAUCUAGUUAUGUUCUGAACUAGAGAUGAAGCGAUAGGGUCGUUGAUUGCCCAGAUUGCUUCUUGUGCUUUUGAUAAUCAGUCUACAUGUAUUUUAUUGCCAAUAUAUGUCCAAAUGUUAGAUUAUGAAUGAAAUCCUGAUAUUAAACUGGGAUUCCUUGGAAUCCCAGUUUUUUUUAUUCCAAAUUUUUAUUCCAAAUUUGUGGAACAGUUUUAUUACUCAAUGAUCUUGGCAACAUUUUAACGUUCAGAUGAGGUGUUUACAUGUAUAUUUACUCGAUUUAUCGAAAAUUAAAUGAGGGUACUAAUCUUUUUGGAGUAACAUUUCUCAAAAUAUAAAAGAAAGUUUGAGGGCUGUUCCUGUAUGACAAUUGCUAAAAUCUGACUUUGUGUGACUGAUCAUAAUAACACUUCUGUGACGUAAAUAUCUAAGUAAUGUACUGUACCAAUCUCCAGUUCCCUUUUUUUCCCUAAAUUAAACAAAUAUUCAGUGCUAUCAUUCUUAUUUUUUUUCUCUCUCAUAAUAUGCAGUAUAAUAAUCUUGUCUACUACAGAGAACAUAUAAGAAAUAUGUUGAAUACAUUGUGAAUUAGUUGCAUUACUUUUUUCUGCUAAGGAUUACAAAGAAAGGAAAUAUUAAUCUCAACUCAAGGACCAAAUAAAGUGAAAUUUUGCACUAGUGAUCAAUAUUAAAUGAUCUACUGUAAGAGGAAUGUUAAAAAUACCAAGAAGAAAAAUUGAUGUAUUUUCAGUAUGUGGGGGCCUUUUUAAAGAAAACAUGUUGGUGAUAACUUUUUCUCUGCGAAUUCGCAAAUCUGAUGACCUUUUAUUUCAGUCAUGUUGUUGCCUUAAGAAAAACUAAAUGCAUCUGUGUAAAAGACUAACUUUUUCAGACUUCCAAAACCGUUUCCCCAAAUGUUUGACUGGCGAUUUUCAUAAGGAAUGAAAGGUGUUUUUUUGUCUUUCUUUUUAUUUUAUUUUUACUCAAAUUUUCAUGAGUGCCAUUUAGAAAUCCCAUGUCAUUUUGUUACCAUGAAUAUUAGAGGUUUUUUAACAUGAUGGAAAUGUUAUAAAAUUGUUGUUUAAAAUACAUAUCAUACAUACUCAUAAUGACAACAUAAUUAAUAAAGCUCAAAGAGAAA